GGCAGAGGGAGAAGCAGGCUCCCCGCGGAGCAGGGAGCCCAAUGCAGGACUCGAUCCCAGGACCCUGGGAUCAUGAUCUGAGCCGAAGGCAGACGCUUAACCGACUGAGCCACCCAGGCGUCCCAUCACCCCCAUUUUAAAGAUGGGGAAACUGAGACCCAGAGAGGUUGAAGAGACCUGCCCAAAGUCACGUGGCCAAUGAGCCCCAGAGCUGGGUUCUCAACCCGGAUAAUUUGCCUCCAGAGCUUGUCCUCUUCCCCUGUGCUGUGCCAUCCCUUGACAGAGGUCAAACUGCUUCCCACUUCCGGCUAUGAGGUAGUUGUUAGCCCCGCUUUACAGAUAGGGAAACUGAGGCACCGAGCGGGGAAAGUGACUUCUCCAUGGUGACAGAGUGGCUGAGCCACAGACCCCGGUCUGUCCUGCUCCAACCCACUGCCGACUCCGCUGGGAUCAGGAGCUCGGGCCCCCAUGAGCCCCACGCCUCCUGCCUCCCCCAACAGGUAGAACAUGGGGGCAGGUUUUGGCCUUUCCCACAUUUCUUGUCCCAGCAGAGCAAAAAGAGGAGAUAGCCUUCUGAGACCCUCUGCAGCCUGGUUUCAGCUCCAGAUUCUCAGACCCUGAGUGUCUCCCUCCCUCCCCAUGGCUUCCCCUAUAGAAGCUUCCAGGCCUUGCCCUGCUUUCCCUCUCUCCCGGGGUGUGGAGGCCCAGGGUGAGUUCACAGACCUGGGAUCAAAUCUCAGCUCUGCCACUUGCUGGCUGAGAUAUUUGGGGCGUGUCAUUUCCCUGCUGGGAGCUUCAGUGUCCUCAUUUGUAAAUUCCAGAUAGUGACACCUACCCACCCCUCGGUGUGUUGUUGCUGGGAUUAAACAUAAUAAUGUUGGGACCCUGCCUGGCGCAAGGCUUGGCCUCGCUGUGGGUUCCCACCUCUGGGCCUCACCUUUCUCUUCUGUUCUGGGGGGCGGGGGUAGCUCGCUAAGCCCCCGAGUGCUGACACCCAGCCAUUGUUGGGCCAUAACCACUCUUUAGGCCUUGAGCUCCCUGUCUGAAAAAUGGGUGGAGAAGAAGCCCCAAGUUAAUUCCACCUCCCUGAGCAAGAGAAACAGGAUGGAGAGAUGUUUGAGGGAAAACCGUGAUCUAACUCACUUUUCUUUGGGCCCCAGCCCUGUCAUCGUGAUAACUGAACAGAGAGGGCCAUGGGAUGCCUGGAAGUCACACAGCGAGUCAGACACAGAACCAAGGGCCAGGCAAAAAUAGCACCAGGGAGGCUGAGCCCUCAGGGGAGGGGGGGCCAUCAGUCAGGUUUAAACUAGGGCUGGAGGUAGAGGACAGACAGACAAUCGGCAGAGAUGGAGGGGAGGUGCUUAGACACUUGAAGAAAAGGUGUAAGAGGCCUUGGAGAUAGAAUCAGAGAUGGAGGGGAGGUGCUUAGACACUUGAAGAAAAGGUGUAAGAGGCCUUGGAGAUAGAAUCAGACCGAGGCCCAGAGAGGGGAGCCGACCAGCCUGACGCCACACAGCACUGAGUCGGAAAUUGAGCAUCCUUCCGUCUCUCCAGGCUCCCCACCCUCAGCCCCUCUCAAGCCCACGACUCCCAGAAGGCUUUGCAAAGCAGAGCCUCAUCCACCUCGAUGGGGACCCCUCCCUCGUUUCCAGCCAAUCCCUGGGUAGAUUUUUCUCUCUCCCCUGGGGAACCGCAUCUCCUUUUCCACAGAGCCAACAAGAAAGGGGUCCCCCCUGUGGCUCCUGGGGCCGGCCACACACCGGCCACUGCGCCCUGCCCAGGUUGUGACCUCUAAGCAGAGGGUCCUGGCCCAGGCCUUCCUGUCCCCGCCCCACCCCAGAGUUUUGCCACUGGCCACAGUGAGUCCCUGGGCACCUCUCCUCCCGCUAGGAGCUCCUACUUCCUCCUCUGUCAAACGGGUUAAUAAUGCUUCCGUCAAAUGAAGGCCUGGGUGUGAAAGUGCCUUGUCAUCUGCACGGCUCUGUACAAACAGGGUGCUCCUAACUGCACCCAGAACGGCAGAAGCCGUCACGGCUGUGACGAUGGGGCCAGCAAGCCGCAAAUCCAGAAGUAACCCCCUCCGCCCCGCCCCCUGCAUUUGCCCUUGGCCCCCAGCCUCUCGCGACUGGGCCUUUCUCCCUCGAACACCUCCAGCCUCCUUCCUCCAGCCUCCUGGGGCUCUGCUCUCCAGGGCUUGUGAGUGGCCGAUGCUCACGGUGGGGCCUCAGACAGGGGGACGCAGGCAGGAGGGGCUCCCGGGCCAGGUCACAGGCGCCCUGUCCCCACCCCCCAGGUCUGCGGGGGCUGAUGAUCGCAGUGAUGAUGGCGGCGCUCAUGUCGUCGCUGACGUCCAUCUUCAAUAGCAGUAGUACACUCUUCACCAUGGACAUCUGGAGGCGGCUGAGGCCCCGCGCUGGCGAGCGGGAGCUGCUGCUGGUGGGCCGGCUGGUCAUCGUGGUGCUCAUCGGUGUGAGCGUGGCCUGGAUCCCCAUCCUGCAGGACUCCAACAGUGGGCAGCUGUUCAUCUACAUGCAGUCAGUGACCAGCUCCCUGGCCCCCCCAGUGACCGCCAUCUUUGUUCUGGGCAUCUUCUGGCGGCGAGCCAAUGAGCAGGGGGCCUUCUGGGGCCUCAUGGUGGGGCUGGCCGUGGGCGCCACAAGGCUGGUCCUGGAAUUCCUGCACCCUGCCCCCCCCUGCGGUGACCCGGACACGCGGCCGUCCAUCCUUGGCAGUAUCCACUACCUGCACUUUGCCGUCGCCCUCUUUGUGCUCAGUGGAGUCGUGGUGGUGGCCGGGAGCCUGAUGACGCCACCCCCCCGGGGGAUUCAGAUUGAGAACCUUACCUGGUGGACCCUGGCUCAGGAUGUGCCCGUGGGAGCCAAAGCAGGUGAUGGCCGAAUACCCCAGAAGCACACUUUCUGGGCCCGCGUGUGUGGCUUCCAUGCCAUCCUGCUCAUGUGUGUCAACAUCUUCUUCUACGCCUACUUCGCCUGAUGCUGGCCUUGGGGGCAGGAAGGCCAAGCCCUGGGAGUCCUCAGGUCUCCCUCGCUUUCGAGGCCUGGAGAGGUGUGGACUCCCCUCACCUCACGACUACAUGGCCAGUCAGCGUCCAGGGACUGGCUGAGCCAGCAAAGCAGGGGCCCUGGAAAGGUCGGGGGGCAAUGAACAGAAAGAACGUGGUAUUUCAAAAAUUGCACAAAGUAGUCUUGACGGCAACGAAAAUUAGAUUUCCGAUGACCA